AUGGUUGGGUGUGACACAGGGACGGAAGGAAGCAGCUACCUCACCUUCCCCCUGCCUCCUCACCUUCCCCCUUGCCUCCUCACCCUUCCCCCUGCCUCAUCACCUUCCCCCUGCCUCAUCACCUUCCCCCUGCCUCCUCACCUUCCCCCUUGCCUCCUCACCUUCCCCCUGCCUCAUCACCUUCCCCCUGCCUCAUCACCUUCCCCCUGCCUCAUCACCUUCCCCCUGCCUCCUCACCUUCCCCCUGCCUCAUCACCUUCCCCCUGCCUCCUCACCUUCCCCCUGCCUCCUCACCUUCCCCCUUGCCUCCUCACUCUUCCCCCUGCCUCAUCACCUUCCCCCUGCCUCAUCACCUUCCCCCUGCCUCAUCACCUUCCCCCUGCCUCCUCACCUUCCCCCUGCCUCAUCACCUUCCCCCUGCCUCAUCACCUUCCCCCUGCCUCAUCACCUUCCCCCUGCCUCAUCACCUUCCCCCUGCCUCAUCACCUUCCCCCUGCCUCCUCACCUUCCCCCUGCCUCAUCACCUUCCCCCUGCCUCAUCACCUUCCCCCUGCCUCCUCACCUUCCUCCUUGCCUCCUCACCCUUCCCCCUGCCUCAUCACCUUCCCCCUGCCUCAUCACCUUCCCCCUGCCUCCUCACCUUCCCCCUGCCUCAUCACCUUCCCCCUGCCUCAUCACCUUCCCCCUGCCUCAUCACCUUCCCCCUGCCUCAUCACCUUCCCCCUGCCUCCUCACCUUCCCCCUUGCCUCCUCACCCUUCCCCCUGCCUCAUCACCUUCCCCCUGCCUCAUCACCUUCCCCCUGCCUCCUCACCUUCCUCCUGCCUCAUCACCUUCCCCCUGCCUCAUCACCUUCCCCCUGCCUCAUCACCUUCCCCCUGCCUCAUCACCUUCCCCCUGCCUCCUCACCUUCCCCCUGCCUCAUCACCUUCCCCCUGCCUCAUCACCUUCCCCCUGCCUCAUCACCUUCCCCCUGCCUCAUCACCUUCCCCCUUGCCUCAUCACGCUUCCCCCUGCCUCAUCACCUUCCCCCUGCCUCAUCACCUUCCCCCUGCCUCCUCACCUUCCCCCUGCCUCCUCACCUUCCCCCUGCCUCUUCACCUUCCCCCUGCCUCAUCACCUUCCCCCUGCCUCAUCACCUUCCCCCUGCCUCAUCACCUUCCCCCUGCCUCCUCACCUUCCCCCUUCCUCCUCACCCUUUCUCCCUGCCUCCUCACCUUCCCCCUGCCUCAUCACCUUCCCCCUGCCUCAUCACCUUCCCCCUGCCUCAUCACCUCCCCCCUGCCUCAUCACCUUCCCCCUGCCUCAUCACCUUCCCCCUGCCUCAUCACCUUCCCCCUGCCUCCUCACCUUCCCCCUGCCUCAUCACCUUCCCCCUGCCUCAUCACCUUCCCCCUGCCUCCUCACCUUCCUCCUUUCCUCCUCACCCUUCCCCCUGCCUCAUCACCUUCCCCCUGCCUCAUCACCUUCCCCCUGCCUCCUCACCUUCCCCCUGCCUCAUCACCUUCCCCCUGCCUCAUCACCUUCCCCCUGCCUCAUCACCUUCCCCCUGCCUCAUCACCUUCCCCCUGCCUCAUCACCUUCCCCCUUCCUCCUCACCCUUUCUCCCUGCCUCCUCACCUUCCCCCUGCCUCAUCACCUUCCCCCUGCCUCAUCACCUUCCCCCUGCCUCAUCACCUCCCCCCUGCCUCAUCACCUUCCCCCUGCCUCAUCACCUUCCCCCUGCCUCAUCACCUUCCCCCUGCCUCAUCACCUUCCCCCUGCCUCAUCACCUUCCCCCUGCCUCAUCACCUUCCCCCUUGCCUCAUCACGCUUCCCCCUGCCUCAUCACCUUCCCCCUGCCUCAUCACCUUCCCCCCUGCCUCCUCACCUUCCCCCUGCCUCCUCACCUUCCCCCUGCCUCUUCACCUUCCCCCUGCCUCAUCACCUUCCCCCUGCCUCAUCACCUUCCCCCUGCCUCAUCACCUUCCCCCUGCCUCCUCACCUUCCCCCUUCCUCCUCACCCUUUCUCCCUGCCUCCUCACCUUCCCCCUGCCUCAUCACCUUCCCCCUGCCUCAUCACCUUCCCCCUGCCUCAUCACCUCCCCCCUGCCUCAUCACCUUCCCCCUGCCUCAUCACCUUCCCCCUGCCUCAUCACCUUCCCCCUGCCUCCUCACCUUCCCCCUGCCUCAUCACCUUCCCCCUGCCUCAUCACCUUCCCCCUGCCUCCUCACCUUCCUCCUUGCCUCCUCACCCUUCCCCCUGCCUCAUCACCUUCCCCCUGCCUCAUCACCUUCCCCCUGCCUCCUCACCUUCCCCCUGCCUCAUCACCUUCCCCCUGCCUCAUCACCUUCCCCCUGCCUCAUCACCUUCCCCCUGCCUCAUCACCUUCCCCCUGCCUCAUCACCUUCCCCCUGCCUCAUCACCUUCCCCCUUCCUCCUCACCUUCCCCCUUCCUCCUCAUCCUUUCUCCCUGCCUCCUCACCUUCCCCCUGCCUCAUCACCUUCCCCCUGCCUCAUCACCUUCCCCCUGCCUCAUCACCUUCCCCCUGCCUCAUCACCUUCCCCCUGCCUCAUCACCUUCCCCCUGCCUCAUCACCUUCCCCCUGCCUCAUCACCUUCCCCCUGCCUCAUCACCUCCCCCCUGCCUCAUCACCUUCCCCCUGCCUCAUCACCUUCCCCCUGCCUCAUCACCUUCCCCCUGCCUCAUCACCUUCCCCCUGCCUCAUCACCUUCCCCCUGCCUCCUCACCUUCCCCCUGCCUCAUCACCUUCCCCCUGCCUCAUCACCUUCCCCCUGCCUCAUCACCUUCCCCCUGCCUCAUCACCUUCCCCCUGCCUCAUCACCUUCCCCCUGCCUCAUCACCUUCCCCCUGCCUCAUCACCUUCCCCCUGCCUCAUCACCUUCCCCCUGCCUCAUCACCUUCCCCCUGCCUCAUCACCUUCCCCCUGCCUCAUCACCUUCCCCCUUCCUCCUCAUCCUUUCUCCCUGCCUCCUCACCUUCCCCCUGCCUCAUCACCUUCCCCCUGCCUCAUCACCUUCCCCCUGCCUCAUCACCUUCCCCCUGCCUCAUCACCUUCCCCCUGCCUCAUCACCUUCCCCCUGCCUCAUCACCUUCCCCCUGCCUCAUCACCUCAGCUUAUCCCUCCCUGCCAGCUAGCUCACCUUCUCGCGGACAGCAAGGAUGGAAGCCUCGUCUGGGCCCGCAGCGAGCACCUUAGGCAGGUAGCUGACAGGGGGGAUACAGGGAAAAGAGGGAGGGAGGGGGAGGGGAAUCGAAUGUGA